AUGACGAUGCUUUUGGAGGAGAUCGUGCAAUCGGUAGAGCUCUGGUUGAAGCUGAUAAAAAAGCCCCAGCCUUACGUGGACCCGAACCUCGACCCGGUUCUGCUGGUGCCGGGUAUCGCCGGUUCGAUUAUGAACGCUGUUGAUGACGAGAAUGGGACAGAGGAGCGCGUUUGGGUUCGAAUUCUCGGAGCCGACUACAAGUUCCGGACCAAGCUGUGGUCUCGUUUCGAUCCUUCAACAGGUAAAACGGUGUCUUUAGACCCAAAAGCAAGGAUAGUGGUCCCUGAAGGUAGAUAUGGACUUGAGGCAAUUGAUGCCUUGGACCCUGACAUGGUCAUUGGACAGGAAUGUGUAUAUUACUUCCAUGAUAUGAUUGUUGAAUUUACCAAGUGGGGUUUUCAAGAGGGGAAAACACUUUUUGGCUUUGGAUAUGACUUCCGGCAAAGCAACAGGUUGCAGGAGACAUUGGACCGCCUAGCUGAAAAAUUAGAGGCAGUGUACAAUGCUGCUGGAGGAAAAAAGAUAAACAUUAUAACUCAUUCUAUGGGGGGCCUUCUAGUGAAAUGUUUCAUGUGCUUGCAUACUGAUGUUUUUGAGAAAUAUGUGAAGAAUUGGAUUGCAAUUGCUGCCCCCAUUUCAGGGUGCACCUGGUUAUAUCACGUCCACCUUUUUAAAUGGAAUGUCAUUUGUGGAUGGGUGGGAACAGAACUUUUUAUAUCAAAAUGGAGCAUGCACCAGCUGCUUAUUGAAUGUCCAUCAGUAUAUGAGUUGAUGGCCUGUCUUGAUUUUCACUGGGAACACAUUCCACUUCUAGAAAUGUGGAGACAAAGGCUUGAUGGUGAUGGAAACUCUCAAAUUAUCCUAGAGUCUUACCCCCUGGCAGAGAGUGUAGAAAUUUUCAAGGAAGCUCUAUCAAGUAAUACGGUCAAUUAUAAUGGUGAGGAUCUUCCCCUACCAUUUAAUAUGGAAAUCUUGAAAUGGGCUAAUGAAACACGCAAGAUUAUAUCUCGUGCUAAAGUUCCUCCGCAAGUUAAAUUCUACAAUAUAUACGGGAUCAAUCUCGAGACACCUCAUAGUGUUUGCUAUGGAAAUGAGGAAAUACCUGUCACGGAUCUACGACAGCUACGAUAUUUCCAGCCAAAUUAUGUAUGCGUUGAUGGUGAUGGGACAGUUCCAGCAGAAUCAGCUAAGGCAGAUGGGCUAAAUGCUGCAGCAAGGGUUGGAGUCCCUGGUGAGCAUCGGGGAAUUCUAUGCGAGCACCAUGUAUUCCGGAUACUCAAGUGCUGGUUAAAGGCGGACCAUGACCCUUUCUACAACCCUCUAAACGAUUAUGUCAUUCUACCCACUGCUUUCGAAAUGGAGAAGCACAAGGAUAAAGGUGUGGAAGUAACAUCUCUAAAAGAGGAGUGGGAAAUCAUCUCCCAAGACCAAGACCAUGAUCACGAUGAUAAAGUAGCUGCUGAUGAAAGGCCAAUGGUAAGCUCCAUAUCUGUUUCUGAUGUGGGAGCUGAGGCCUGUGCAACUGUUACUGUUCACCCUCAGAAUGAGGGGAAGCAGCAUGUUGAGCUUAAUGCUCUAAGCGUGUCUGUCGAUGCCUGA